CGGACGGCGAGUAGGCGACCACCCCUUCGGCCCUUCUUCCAAUUUCCGACUUGAUCUCCGUUGCAACCAUCUCCGUCUUGCAGUUACAACGGUUGGUGUUGAACGGACAUUCUCUUCAAUGAAACAUAAUCCAAAAGGUGGGAAUGAUGACACAUCUAUCAUAACCCCUGCAAAAGCAUUUCUUCUACAUCUGAGUUGUGGAUUGGGCUUAGUUUCUGCAUUCUGGGUGGCAAAGUGUAUAUACUCCACCGACAUCGUUUCAAAUCCUGUUCAAACUCUCCGUCUAAUUUUGGUAACUGAGUCUCCGGUAGUACUUAUGCUAUAUAGUCUCUUUCGACAUGAUCCAGAUCAAUGCUCUUACUUCAAAGCUCUGGGACGAGGUUUAUUGGGUCUUCCCACUGGAGCUGUUUUGAUUGGAGCUGGAGCAAUUAUUUUGGGAGCACCGGUUGGCUUUCAGUACUUCAGCGUGACAUUGUAUUGGUCUCUUCUUAUGUCAGUCCUCACGUUUGUUCCCGCAGCUUCUGUGUUUGGUUUGUCGUUGUCUGAUUGGCACCGUAUAUUUGCUCAAACAAAACCAAAUAAAAACAUAGACUAUAUGAUCUGCUUCCCUGCCCACGGAGCCAUUAUUGGAGCAUGGUUUGGUGCCUGGCCAAUGCCACUUGAUUGGGAAAAGCCAUGGCAGGAAUGGCCAAUUUGUGUAAGCUAUGGAGCUGUUGCUGGGUACUUGGCAGGACUGGCUGUUUCCAUGGGUUUUAUCCUCUUCCAUAACCACUACCAUCACCCGCACAUUAAAGGAGAGUAAUUCAUUUAAUUUUUUUGGGCCUUCUUGCCAGACACUUUUUAGUAUGUGCAUUUCUGCAUGCUUUCUACAGAAACUUUUGUGCCCUCUUGACUUUGGCGCUUUAUAAUUUAUGUGGCAGCUAGUUGUUCUUUUGUUCUCAUAUAAGUCUCACCCUAUAAUUUAUGUGCCUCUGAAUGUUUACUUAUUUAAUGAUAUAAUAACAAGCACAAAGCAAUGAGAUAGCCUAAAGCUAUAAUAGGGUGAGACAUAUAUGAGAGAUCACCCAACAAUAUGACAGUUCGGUAACCUCAGAUGCAGACUGUUCCUGGCUUCCUGCUAUUGAAAUGAUUAAAUCAUAAUUGAAGCUAGA